AUGAAUAAUCAAGUGUCGGGGAACCAGAUCAAGUACGAAAGCAAAAUGAUGGACUUGAGGGUCGGUAAGAAAUAUCGUAUUGGCCGCAAGAUCGGCCUGGGAUCCUUCGGUGACAUCUACUUGGGCACCAACAUCAUAUCCGGCGAAGAAGUGGCCAUCAAAUUGGAGAAUGUCAAGGCCAAACAUCCCCAGUUGGAGUACGAGGCCAAGGUCUACAAGGCCUUAUCAGGCGGUGUCGGUAUCCCAUUUGUGAGAUGGUACGGCACUGAGUGUGACUACAACGCUAUGGUGAUUGACUUGUUAGGUCCUUCGUUGGAGGAUCUUUUCAACUACUGUAAUAGAAAGUUCACCUACAAGACAGUGUUGUUGUUGGCCGACCAACUCAUUUGCAGAAUAGAGUACAUCCACGCAAGAUGCUUCAUCCACAGAGACAUCAAGCCUGACAACUUCUUGAUGGGCAUUGGUCGUCGUGGCUCCCAAGUCAAUGUUAUUGACUUUGGUCUCGCAAAGAAAUACAGAGAUCCUAGAACUCACCUCCACAUUCCUUACCGUGAGAACAAGAACUUGACGGGUACUGCCAGAUAUGCAUCCGUCAACACUCACUUGGGUAUCGAGCAGUCUAGAAGAGACGACUUGGAGAGUUUGGGUUAUGUUUUAAUAUACUUCUGCAGAGGCUCCUUGCCAUGGCAAGGCUUGAAGGCCGCCACCAAGAGGCAGAAGUACGACAGGAUCAUGGAGAAGAAGAUGACUAUUUCUAAUGAUGUUUUGACUAAAGGACUCCCCGCGGAAUUUUUGGAGUACAUGAGAUACAUCAAAAACUUGAGGUUUGACGAUAAGCCAGACUACCCAUAUUUGAGAAAACUUUUCAGAGAUUUAUUCAAGAGAGAGAAUUAUAGAUAUGACUAUGUGUUUGACUGGACGUUAUACAAGUUCCAGCAGGAGAGGCAAAGAGAGCAAUUCAAGCUCGCUGACGGUCAGAUUGAGCAGAACCAAAACUCUCUGAACCAACCUCAGCAGCCCCACCAGCAGCAGCAACAACAGCAGUCCCAACAACAACAAGCACAACAACAACAGCAUCAAUCCGGUAACUCGCAACAACAGAGUCUGCAGCAUCAGCAGCCUCCUCAAGCGCAGCCAUUACAAAGGCAGGUUCCAUCCUCUUCACUUCCACAGCAGUCCAUCCCACAGAUGACCGCAAGCCAACAGAAAGCUCUUAACGAGGCUGGGAAGAUGCAACAUAUGCGCUCGCUGUCUCAUUUGCAAAGCGGUCGCUAUUCUGAAGGAAUGCAUGGUCAAGCGUUUGAUCAAGGUGAUGCUCAAGGCGGGUCUAGGUCGAACACCAAUCCAGCUUGGAUUUGA